AUGAUAAAUAUUUAUACAGUUGAUUCAUUUACACGUGAAUUAUUUAAAGGUAAUCCAGCUGGUGUUUGUACUUCAUUUCAAGAUGUAUCUUCAUCAACAAAUUUUGAUAUAUUAUUUCAAAAAAUUGCUACAGAAAUGAAUAUAUCUGAAACAGCUUUUAUAACAAAAGCAAAUAAUCUACCAUCAAAUUCACGUUAUUUUCUUCAAUGGUUUACACCAACUAAUGAAGUUGAUUUAUGCGGUCAUGCAACAUUAGCUACAGCUCAUAUUCUUUUUGAAAAAUAUCUUCAAAAUUCUUCAAUUGAUGAAUUAAUAUUUGAAACAAAAAAAGUUGGAGAAUUAAAAGUUAAAAAAUGUGCUAAUCAAAAUUGUUUACAACUUGAUUUUCCUAUGGGUAAUCCACAAUCAAUUGAACUUGAUAAUGAAAUAUUAAAUGAAAUAAAAUCUAAAUUAAAUAUAACACAAGAUAUUCAUGCUAUUGAAUUAUGUAAACGAACAAAAAAACUUUUAAUUCAUCUUUCUUCAAUUGAUGAUAAUAUAAAACCACAACAAAAUCUAAUUGAUAUUAAUUUUCCUUCAUCAAUACAUUCUUUUAUACGUGGAAUUAUACUUACAAGUAAAUCAAUAAAAUAUGAUUUUGUUUCUCGUUAUUUUGCACCAUGGAAUGGUAUACUUGAAGAUCCAGUUACUGGUAGUGCACAUACAGUUCUUGCUGUUUAUUGGUCUCGAUUAUUAAAUAAAUCAAUUCUUAAUGGUUAUCAAAAAAGUGCUCGUGGUGGUCAUAUUGAAUGUGAAUUAGAUGAAAAAAAUCAACGAGUAUUUUUACGUGGUUAUGCUAUUACGGUAAUGCAAGGUCAACUUCAAAUUUCACAAGAUAGUUUAUUAGAGAAAGACUCUUCAGGAUAA